GCUCCGGCUCGCAUUCUAUCGCAGGCGGCCGGCGCAGCCCCCGCUCUCAGACCCGGCCCCGGCCCCCGCCCGCCCGCGGGGUGGAGGCAGCCGCGCCGCGCUGAGCUGCCCGCGGGAAGAAGGCAGCGCUCCGCCGGGCUCCGCGCCCGCUCCGCGCCCCUCCGCGGGGCCAUGCAGCGCCCCUGCCCCCCCGCCACGAGCGCUGCCCCUCGCCCCGCCGCCCCCUGCGCAGCCUGAGCGCCUCGCGGGGGCUCCGCGCCCCUCCGCGCCCCACCACUCCCGGCGGUGGGACGGCGCUGGCGGAGGCACAGGCGGCACAGAGAAGGUCCGCGGCUGCUGCGCGACUCCCCGCCGGCCCCGGCCAUGGGGAAGGGGCUGGAGGGGACGGCGGCCCGCUGCGGGCUUGGACUGGGAUACCUGCUGCAGACCGUGGUGCUCCCCGCCUUGGCCGUCCUGGGGGCCAGCCGCCCCGGCUCCGCGGCGCAAGAUGAUGAUUUCUUUCAUGAACUUCCAGAAACUUUUCCAUCUGAUCCUCCAGAGCCAUUGCCCCACUUCCUCAUCGAACCCGAAGAGGCUUACAUUGUGAAGAACAAGCCUGUGAAUUUGUACUGCAAAGCAAGCCCAGCCACACAGAUCUAUUUUAAGUGCAACAGUGAAUGGGUUCAUCAGAAGGACCAUGUGGUGGACGAGAGAGUAGAUGAAACCUCUGGUCUGAUUGUCCGAGAGGUAAGCAUUGAGAUUUCCCGCCAGCAAGUGGAGGAGCUCUUUGGGCCCGAAGAUUACUGGUGCCAGUGUGUUGCCUGGAGCUCUGCAGGCACCACCAAGAGCCGGAAAGCCUACGUCCGCAUUGCGUAUCUCCGGAAAACUUUUGAGCAGGAGCCCUUGGGAAAGGAAGUGUCCCUGGAGCAAGAGGUGCUGCUCCAGUGCCGUCCCCCUGAAGGCAUCCCAGUAGCCGAGGUGGAGUGGCUGAAGAAUGAAGAGGUGAUUGAUCCUGUGGAAGACCGAAAUUUUUACAUCACCAUUGAUCACAACCUGAUCAUCAAGCAAGCCCGGCUUUCUGACACUGCCAAUUACACUUGUGUCGCCAAAAACAUUGUGGCCAAAAGAAAAAGCACCACAGCAACUGUGAUCGUCUAUGUCAACGGAGGUUGGUCUACCUGGACUGAGUGGUCAGUGUGUAACAGCCGAUGUGGGAGAGGCUUUCAGAAGCGUACGAGGACCUGCACCAAUCCUGCACCACUCAAUGGUGGUGCCUUCUGCGAGGGACAGAGUGUUCAGAAAAUAGCUUGCACCACUCUCUGCCCAGUGGAUGGCAAGUGGACGUCCUGGAGCAAGUGGUCCACCUGUGGCACGGAGUGCACCCACUGGCGUCGGAGGGAGUGCACAGCCCCAGCGCCCAAGAACGGGGGGAAGGACUGCGAGGGGCUGGUGCUGCAGUCCAAGAACUGCACCGACGGGCUCUGCAUGCAGGGUUUCAUUUAUCCUAUUUCAACUGAACAGAGAACCCAGAAUGAAUAUGGAUUUUCUUCUGCUCCUGACUCAGAUGAUGUUGCUCUCUACGUCGGGAUCGUCAUAGCCGUGAUCGUGUGCCUGGCUAUUUCCGUGGUCGUGGCCCUGUUUGUCUAUCGCAAGAACCACCGUGACUUUGAGUCAGAUAUUAUUGACUCCUCGGCGCUAAAUGGGGGAUUUCAGCCUGUUAACAUCAAGGCUGCAAGGCAAGACCUCCUGGCUGUGCCACCAGACCUCACUUCUGCUGCAGCCAUGUACAGGGGUCCCGUUUAUGCCUUGCAUGAUGUCUCCGAUAAAAUCCCAAUGACCAAUUCUCCAAUCCUGGACCCGCUGCCCAACCUGAAAAUCAAGGUUUAUAACACCUCUGGUGCAGUCACCCCCCAGGAUGACCUGUCUGACUUCUCCUCCAAGCUGUCCCCGCAGAUUACGCAGUCUCUGCUGGAGAACGAGACCCUGAACCUGAAGAACCAGAGUCUUGCUCGGCAGACUGACCCAUCGUGCACUGCAUUUGGGACCUUCAACUCCUUAGGAGGUCACUUAGUAAUUCCCGAUUCAGGAGUAAGCUUGCUGAUCCCAGCGGGUGCCGUUCCACAAGGGAGAGUCUAUGAAAUGUAUGUGACAGUUCACAGGAAGGAGAACAUGAGGCCACCUGUAGAAGACAACCAGACCCUGCUGACACCAGUGGUGAGCUGUGGCCCACCAGGAGCCCUGCUAACCCGGCCCGUCAUUUUAACCAUGCACCACUGUGCAGAACCGAACACAGAGGACUGGCAGAUCCAGCUGAAGCACCAGGCUGCCCAGGGACCAUGGGAGGAUGUGGUGGUGGUUGGGGAGGAAAACUUCACGACACCAUGCUAUAUCCAGCUGGACCCAGAGGCCUGCCAUAUCCUGACAGAAACCCUCAGCACAUAUGCCUUGGUGGGACAGUCAAUCACCAAAGCAGCAGCUAAACGUCUCAAACUGGCCAUCUUUGGACCGCUCUCCUGCUCUUCGCUGGAGUACAGCAUCCGGGUCUACUGCCUCGAUGACACGCAGGAUGCCCUUAAGGAGGUCCUCCAGCUCGAGCGGCAGAUGGGCGGGCAGCUUUUGGAGGAGCCCAAAACUUUGCAUUUUAAGGGAAGCACCCACAACCUCCGCCUGUCCAUUCAUGACAUUGCCCACUCUCUCUGGAAGAGCAAAGUGCUGGCUAAAUACCAGGAGAUUCCCUUUUACCACAUCUGGAGUGGAUGCCAGAGGAACCUGCACUGCACCUUCACACUGGAAAGGUUCAGCCUGAAUACCCUGGAGCUGGUGUGCAAACUCUGUGUCCGGCAGGUCGAAGGAGAAGGGCAGAUCUUCCAGCUCAACUGCUCUGUCUCAGAGGAACCUACUGGCAUUGAUUAUCCUCCCAUGGACUCAGCAGGCACCAUCACCACCAUAGUAGGGCCCAGCGCUUUCAGCAUCCCCCUCCCGAUAAGGCAGAAGCUGUGCAGCAGCCUGGACGCGCCCCAGACCAGGGGCCACGACUGGCGGAUGCUGGCCCACAAGCUGAAACUGGACAGGUACCUAAAUUAUUUUGCUACAAAAUCGAGUCCCACUGGGGUGAUCCUGGAUCUCUGGGAAGCCCAGAAUUUCCCUGAUGGCAACCUGAGCAUGCUGGCAGCGGUUCUUGAAGAAAUGGGAAGACACGAAACCGUUGUUUCUUUGGCAGCAGAAGGAAAUUACUGAUGCAGCCUUGGUGUGAACAGGAAGGACAGACGCAGGGAGUGGUAAUGCCCUGUUAUUACAAACAAGAAUUGAAAUGAAAACCCAGACCAAUGAGUUACACUAGAGACAUUGCAGAGAAGAAAGCAAGCAAACAAACAAACAGAAAAAAAACCAGCCCUGACCUUCACACAUGCUCUCCUUGUACAUUAUCACAGGAUCUAAAAGAAAUCAUGUGAAAUUGUACCUUGAAAAUAUAAAUCAACUAAUGUUCCUCUCGGCUUGGCUGUACGCUGCUUGGUACAGGAUUUUACAGUUUCCUAGGAAACGCUUUUUAUUGCUAUCCAGAUAUAUGGAUAAACUUUCUUAACAAUCCCAGUUUCUAUGGAUGUUGUUUACAUCAAUUUCUGGACAGGGGUAAGGAGACUGUCCAUGGCUCUUUAUAUUUUUUGUUUAAAGUCAUUCUAGACAAGGCUAUGGGCAGUUGGUUGUGGCUAUUUCAGCUUAUUGGUUUCUGGUGAAUUCGGAUUUUGGCUACAAUUCUGCACAUUGAUCGUUUCACAAUGAUCCUCCUGUCAUUGUUCUGUUUCCUAGACCUACUUGUAAAAAAAUAGCAAACAAGAAAAUCAGAGUUAAGAGGUGUGCAUCUGGAAAGCAGGUACUCUGGGUGCUAAGCAGGAACACAUGUAACGUCCCCUUCCUUCCCCGAGGCAGUUUCACUGAGCCUGAGUGGAGGAUAGCUGUAGGACAGCAGGGAACAUAGGUUUGGAGUCAGUUUUCAUUUCGCAACAUAACACCACCCUUUCCUACCCCUUUGCAAUAUGAUGGGGUUGGAUAUGCAAUGCAGAGUGGUUAGGGGGGGAAAAGAAACCCAGAAAAUAAAAAAGAGAAGUUGCUAUGAUAAUUAUUUACUAAUUAGUAUCUAGUGCAAGGAUUAUAAUUAUUAUUAUUAAUAUUAUUAUUACCAUUAUUACUUUAUUUCUAAUUUUGUCAGCAGCAGAAUGAAUCAUUCCUGUUUUUAUGGCACCUGUUGUGCCCUUCCUGAACAUCUUGUAAGACGUCUGUCUUUCCCUUCUCCAGCCAUCAUACUCCUCUUCCAAAGUCUCUGCUAGCCUAUGAAGGUUGCUCAUGUCAUGUUGGCAUUGCUGUGCUUCAUGCCUGAUGCAAAGGUGGUAUAAAUUGGUGACACUCCGCUGUAGUCACUGAUCUGCACCCUGAGAGGAUCCAAACCAGCACCUCUCCCUGGGAUGCUUUGCACCACCUUGGUGCCUCCAGGUUGCAAUCCUGUCCCGAGGUGGCUGUGAACCAGUGAGACCUCCCAGUCCGAAUACAUGUAGACCACUGGUUCAGGAGCACCGGUGCAAGCAUGUGGAGGCACUGACACUGCUUUGUGCAUCUAGUGUGGGCCUCCACAUGUCUUGCUUUGCUUUGAAGUGGUCUGAGAGCCAUCAGCUCACACAGAGCUGCAGGUACUCACUGUACAGAAGCUCACCAGCUCCGAUAAUGUUUGUGGUGGUCUAGGCUAACUGGGAGUCCUAUGCUGGGUCUUUUCUGCGUGAGGUGCAGCCCUGUCCCUUUUGUCCACCACAAACAGGUGAAGUGGGAACUUGGCAAAGGGAGCCAACUUUUGCCUUUUUGGUUGUCACUGCACAUGUAUUUUUCUUCCACUCAGUGAAAAGCCUGGCUCUUUGGUACAUGACAGUGUGUAGGAUUGCAGUAGUGUUACUGCCAGUCUUGUCUGUCCUCUCCUUCUGGUGCAAAAAAGGCUUUCUUCCCCAGCUCAUCCAUUCCAGGUUUCCAGCUAGGCCCUGUUGUGCACACAUGCAUGUCCCACUCCAUGUGCUUCCCAAGACCGGAGAUCGCUUGUUUUCUUUCGUGUUUUUGGUUUUGUUUUUCCCCAAGGCUUUCCAGAUUGUGCCUUUAAAGGUAACUUUGAAAAUGUCAUUGGUCAAAAUGAAAGGAAAAUUCCAUCUGACCUUUCUCCAAUUUGACAUUUCACAGACUUAGGACUCUUUUUUUUAAUUUCUCAGCUCCCUGACACCAGCAGGGUUUUGAUUGACAAUUGGGCAGCGAUCAUAAAGCUCUCCCUUCCUCGUAAAAGGUAACCCAUCAGAUUACAAAGCAGCAUCUCAGUCAGAACUGGAGCCCGGAGGACAUACAUUUUAACUUUCAACAUCUGGCUGCAUUUUGCCUUUGUAAGCCCCACCUUCUCUUAAUGUGGAGGUGCCAUGGGCAUCCUUUCAACAACAACCGUCUUUUUCACCUUGUGCAUCUGAUGCAGCCCACUGCAAUGCUAAUGGAAAUCUUUCAACUUCAGGAAGCUUUGACUGGGACUGCCCUUUUCUUACAUUUUUGACUGACCUUGAAGCUCUAAAAUGGCCUUUCAAAGACAGGCCUCACCUUUUCUCCCUUCUGUGCCAUCCUUAGGUGUAACCACAGUUGUAUUUAAUUUGAAUUUCUUUACCCUUCCCAUGUGUCCUUCCUCUGUGGCUUCUUUUCCAAGGCAGGUGCAUGAGCCAUACUGUCCUGCCCCUUCCCUUCGGUUCAGCCUUUGUGAGGUGAUGCCCAAGCUCACUGGUACUCCCAGCUCUCAGCUUUUGCUUGGUGUGCAGGCUUCUCACCAGGGCCUUGCUGGAAAGUAUCUCAUAGUUAUCUCUGUCACUAUCACUCAAUGAUCUUUUUGCCAGCUCUCUGACCUAUUCCCCAUGCCUCCUUGAAGAAAAACCAGAUGAGCAACAGUCUUAAAGUAUUCUGGGGAAUUUUCCUUUUACAGGGUCACUGUAAAGGGGAUUUAUUGAGAGGAAAAAGGCAUGCUCUGAUUACGAGGAGCAUCCAUGGAGAUGGAUGAAGGUCAAAAACAUCACUGCUGGCAGCAGCAUCACUGAGAGGAGGAGCUGCUUUUCCACCCCACCUGUUCAGAAACCUUUUCUCACCUGCUGAGGUGCGGAAUGGUUUCUCCAGCCUUUGCUCCAUCAGCCUUUGCAAGGGCCCAGCACAGCACUGUGCCAGCUGCCUCAGCCCUGACAGGGAGCAGGGGCUGCCAGGGAUGGGCAAGUUUCCUCCACAGAGCCACACAUUGUCCCAGCAGCUCCACAUUUGUGCUUUGCCACUGCUGCAAACAGCAACUCCCACCUCACCUGAUGCUCCUUCUGCAUUUAUUUUGCUCAGGGUUUUUUUUCUUCCUUUUUUUUCCAUGGCAGGGCAUCUGGCUGGGGAGAUGGCUCUGGCACAGGCCAGUGGUACGCACCCCUCAGCAUCCCCAUCCUGCUAUCUCAAGGAGGGAGGAUGGGAAGGAAAGAGCAAGGGCGGCCAGAUCAGAUCUUUCGGAGUAUUACUUUUGGUGGGAGAAAAACCAUUGCGUGGACACAGUGCCAUCUCGUGGGGCUGCGCUCCAGCUCCAACAUGCCACAGUGAGCAACAUCGCUUGGGGAAAGGCUUUCUCCCGUUGGGUGGCUCUUGAAAAGGGCAAAUAAGUUUGGCAGACAGAACCGAUUCUUGCAAGUUAUUGUAACAUUUUAUGUCAGGUAAGCACAUCUGCUUUAAAAGAAAAAGAUGGCUGCGGGUUUCUUAUCCUCCAGUUAUUACUACUUUUUAAAAUGUUUUAUCCUUUUAGCUGUCCACCUUCAGUUAUGUCCUGCAGCAGUGUUGCUGCUCUUCACACCAUCUCUUCAUUACAUGUUGGUUGCUAGCGCUAUAAAUAAUAUAUAUAUUAUAUAAAUAUAUAUAAAAUAUCUACUGACUUCAAGGAAAACCUUUUCUUUCCGAGUAAGAAACAGUAUUGGAGGCAGUCCUUUUCACCUGAUUUUUUUCUUCAGUUCCUCUUGUGUUGUGUUCUUGUAAAGGUGGCUGUCAGUGUAUAGGGUAAGUUUGGGGUUUGGUUGGGUUUUUCCAGAGUUUUCUGAUCACAGCUGAUCCACUGUAUCUUACUGAACAGUGCAAGACCUAAGUGCUGCUGAAUCUCAGAAGUUUUGAGGCAGUGGGGGUCUCUUCAGCCGGGAUUUGCUUCCAUGGGAGACCAAGACUCUUUUUUUUCCUGUACUGCUGGCAGAAAUGCAGACGCUCACGAGACAUAUUGGAGUCUGGGAUGCCCACGGAGCAAAGCAUCUCUGUUCCUUGGGUUUCUCACUCUUUCUGUUGCUUACAUAUAGAAUAAAUGUAUUUACAUGCUGUAAGCCCCUCAUUGUGGACAGUGUCCUCAUGUCUUGUAUUGCUACCUACAAUAGUUUCUUUUGGUUCUCCUCUUCUUGUUGUUUUGGGGUGUGGGGGUAUGGGGAAGGGCCGGGGUGGGGGGAUGUCCUUAGACCAUUGUAUGCUCUAGCCAAGUAGUUACCACAGCUCUGAGGUUACUUCUAAACAAGAUUAUACUGGUGAGGUGUUUUUGUUUGUUUCUUUUUUAAUCUCAUGUCCAGGGCACUUCUUUGUAAACUAUUUUAAUAAAUGUUCGGAAGUCUUUUCAGGUAUUACUCUGCCCACGAAGUAAUUAACUGGUUGCAGGCUGGCUUACUUAAUGGCAGGCAGUGCAAAGAUGUGAGUAGUUUGUGAAUGGAAACCAAACCUUUGGCUGUUCUCCCAUAGGGACUCCAAUGAGGUAUUGACUUUGGGGUCAUCACCGCAAUCUGUUCCUAGCUUGUGUAUGAGUAGCUUGAGUUCGUAAAAUGAGCUGCGCUGCAGAUUUUUAAAUGCUGAAGCAGAUAUCUCACACAUCCUUUGAAGUAGGAAUUUAACAGAAAUGUGAAGUGUGUGUGUAUAUAUACACACACACAGAGAAGAAAAUAAAGGACACCUACUGCUGGAUGCUUUUAGCUCUGAUGUUAGUUGUGGGCAUCCUCUUAUGACCAACUUUUGCUUGUGAACGUGAAGGUCAAAAUUAAGUGCUGUAUCAUCACUGCAAGGUCAAAUAGGCAGUACAGCGAGAGCCAACAGAAUAAAACCUGGCAAGGAACUAGAAUUGGACUUGAACCAAAGCCACAGAAAUGAGCCCUCAAGUUUGGCAGGUCAAGCUCCUUGCUUGAAAUAGCAGCAUUUAGUUUAUUUACUUACUUGUACUUUAAGCUUGACACCUGCUCCCUGAAAUCUGAAAAUCCCUUUAUCUGAAAGUCCUUUGAUAAGCUCUGACUGUACAAAAAAGCAGCGAUAAUCCAGAGUUUCCACAAGCCUCUAUCACCAGAUAGGUAUUUCACAUUUUCUGUGAUGUUGGUUAAAUGUAUUUAAUAAUGGUUCAGUCUCCUCGACUGCUUACAAAGAGAUUAAUUGCUGUGUUUGCUGUACCCUGGGCCUGGUCUUUUCUCCCAAAGCAUCCCAUGCUGUGGCAUGUGAGUAACUUCUGGAUGCCUGUGAAGAAGCAGGAUGUAAUCAGGCAGGGCCAUCCCCCAGUGAGGUGGGUCUCCGAAUACUGGCACUCUGGUCUCCAGCUGCCAGUUGCAGCUGGUGGGACAAUAGCCCUAGAUGAAAAAAGCUUGUUUGGCCCAAAGAUCCUCUUUGGCUGCUGCCAGCUGGCUCUUGCUAUGGAUUGCAAGUAAAUUUGGGAGCUUAAACAACAUGAAUAGAAAGCAAAACCAGUCUGGAAAGUAAACAAAAUUAGGCAGAAGCAGCAGCAAAACACUCAUCUCCCAUAGAUCUUGUAAGGCACCUUGCAAAUAAUACACCCCUGAGCCAUAAGCCGAUAACCUACCUUGAAACAGGAUGCGUGGCACAGCUGAGACAGAGAAGUUAUGGCAUUACCUGGCAUUACUGUUUUGGCACAUCUGUGUGGUAGACUUUUUUGCUAACACAUAUUCUGUCUGUUAAAUGUUUAAUAAUAAUAAAAGUGUAAGAUGGUUCAUUUGGUACCUUUCCAUAGCAAAGAAGAAGGGCCCAUAGGAAAUGAAAUGUCUGUGCAACCUGGGCCAAGAGGGUGUAUUGCAUUUUUCCCUCCACUUCCCAUGUCUCAGCUCUACCAGAUUUUGUGGGAUUUAUUUUCUUUGCUAUUCAGAUCUGAAGAACUAUUUUGAUUUUGAUUUCCCUAUUGCUGUAUCUUCUAUGCAAUUCCUUUUCUAAAGACUGACUUACUACCAGAGAAGUGCUAGCCAUUGCAUUAUUUGUGUUGCUGUAUAGUGGAGGUGUGGUUUACUAGUUCUGAGUGUGCCUCUUAUCCUCCCCCCCCCCUUUUUCUCUUUCCCUCUGUUUGUAAAUGCCUGCAUUUAUUCUGUCAGCCUGACAUGUACAAAGUGUAAGAAAGAAUUUUUAAACAGGUAAUAAAUUAUAUUUAUAAGCAACUGGAAAAAAAAAUGCACCA